AUGUAUUUUUUAGUUUAUAUGUUGGUCUUGUUGGGCCUUGUUAAUUCGGAGAAAUUGAGCCUUUUUGCAAGCAAUCGUGACAAUGGGAAGAGAGUGAGUCUAGGUGAGAUUACAGUAGAUGAAAAAGCACACAAUAUAACGGGUACUACUCUUGAUGCGUCAUCUUUAAUAGGUACUUAUUGUUUUGGUGCUGAAGGUGAAUCAUACAGCAAUGACUGUUUUUGCUACUUGAAAGUAGACGGUAAGAAGCACAAUUAUACGUUAAUGGUUGAUGUCAACGAUGACAUAGUGGAAUCAUUAACAUGGAUGAUGAACGAUUAUUCAAACGGUACUACUGCAGAAGUUAGAUUACCAGUUCAUGCACCACAACCCCCUCCAAUCAAACUGAAGAAGACUACAAAGACAUACGCCGAGAAGAAAGCUGAGAGUAAGCUUGAUGCAGCCAAGAAAAAGGGUAAAGAAGAAGAAGAUAACGAAGAGGAAGAUCAAAGAACAUUCUUUGAAAAGAACUGGAAGAAGAUGUUAAUUGGUUUCCUAAUAUAUAACCUAAUUGCCGGUUUUUCCAAAAGUCAGCAGCAACAAGGGCAGCAGCAGCAACAGUAG